CGCGCUGAGGUCAGGAGGGUGUUGUUUGCGGUGUCUCUCUCUCCUCCAGAUCUCCUCCUCGUCCUACACCGGCUCUGCUCCUUGUUCUGCAGCUUUAUUCUGCUACUUUUCAGGCCUCACAAGUUCACUACAGUGUAAACCAAGAACAUUAACUGUCGAAACGAUGGCCGUCCCUCCAGCAUAUGCAGACCUGGGCAAAUCAGCGAAGGACAUCUUCAAUAAGGGAUAUGGCUUUGGGCUGGUGAAACUUGAUGUGAAGACUAAAUCUUCCACUGGAGUGGAAUUUAAAACAUCCGGGUCCUCCAACGUAGACACGAGCAAAGUCACCGGCACUCUGGAAACCAAGUACAAGUGGGCAGAGUAUGGGCUGACCUUCACAGAGAAGUGGACCACAGAAAACACGCUGGGCACUGAAGUUUGCAUCGAGGAUCAGAUCACCAAAGGACUGAAACUUACCUUUGACACCACGUUUUCGCCAAACACUGGCAAAAAGAGCGGAAAGGUGAAGACAGCCUACAAGAGGGAGUACGUUAACGUGGGCGUUGAUGUGGAUUUAGAUUUUGCUGGCCCGACUAUCCAUGGUGCUGCAGUGGCCGGCUACGAGGGGUGGCUGGCCGGCUACCAGAUGACCUUUGACUCGGCAAAGUCCAGAAUGAGCCAGAGCAACUUUUCAGUCGGUUACAAGACCGGAGACUUCCAGCUCCACACCAACGUAAACGACGGCUCGGAGUUCGGUGGAUCCAUUUAUCAGAAAGUGAACGAUCAACUGGAGACGGCUGUGAAUCUGGCCUGGUCUGCAGGAAACAACGGCACUCGCUUCGGAAUCGCUGCCAAAUACCAGUUGGACUCCAGUGCUUCCAUAUCGGCUAAGGUGAAUAAUUCAAGCUUGGUAGGAAUUGGAUACACGCAGACUCUGCGGCCUGGAAUGAAACUCAUCCUCUCGGCAUUAGUGGAUGGGAAGAAUAUCAACGCCGGCGGUCAUAAACUGGGUCUAGGCCUGGAGCUGGAGGCGUGAGCUUCUCCCCUCGGAUGUUUAGGAAAACAGGAGGAAUACGGGCAGAAUGUGGCAUUCCUCUGUGUUCAACCGCAGAUAUUUCAGUGACGAAGCCAAACCGAGGUAGAACCCUAGCUGACAGGCACCAACGAGACGGACACCCUCGCACCAAGCUCCUUUCAUCGUGGUUACGAUACCUAGUCGUGUUAUAAUCGCACUUAUUCCUCCUUUUGCCAAUUUCUCCUCAGCAACGAUAGAAGAAAAGCUCCCGCUCGGUGUUGACAGCGGGCUUCUUUAGUUUGACACAUCAGGAGGUUCCCAAAGGAAGACGAUAUUUUUGCUGAAGUGUGAUGAUGUAGAAUGUACACCUGAGCUUGUUUUGCACAGUAGAAAACCUUUAUUUAAAUUCCUUCACCUUUUGUUUGAUUUGCACAUUUACUCUUUAAUUUAGUGUCGGAGGGAGUUCCACUAGCAAAGAUAUAUUAAGAUUAAAAGCCAGUCAAUUGGCUGCUCUUCACUUACUUUUUUUUCUUCCCUAGAGGCUUAAUUGUGCUGUGUGAUGAGUUUUAGAGCACUGUGACAUUGAGUACCUGCUUCUGAACGGCAAGACGACGCGAAAUGCAUUUAUAUUUUCCUCAACGUGACUCGAGUGAACGACCGAAUGACUCAUCCACCUUUCUUCCCUAUUGAGGACUGUGACACUUAUCAGGGAGCAGUUUGUGUGUUGGCGUGUGUCUACCUUUACAAUAAAGUCCUGGAAUGAAAAUCCA